AUGAUGGUGUCCACCAUGGUGCUGCCACGUGUUGCCACUAACUCCAUCCGGCACAACCUCUCCUCAAACAAGUGCUUCAUCAAGGUGCCUCGGGAGAAAGGCAAGCCAGGGAGAGGUGGCUUUUGGAAGCUUGACCUGCAAUACACUGACCGGCUCAAGAGCGGUGCCUUCAAAAAGCAGAGGAUGCACCCAGUGCAGAUCCACUCAGCCUCCACCGAGAAAGCCCAGCAAGAAGCACAGGUUGACGCCUCCCCGGCCACUUCGGGCUGUGCCUCCAAAAAAGUCUUCUCUGUCAGCAUGGAGUCACAGCAGCUGCUGGAAGAGUUUGAAGAAUUUAUCAAGAACCAGAACCGGAAGGCAGUGGAUGUCAAAGCAGGGCUCAAGCGCAAGCAGCCCUUGCCCAAGCAAAUGGCCAAGGUGUGUCGGCUCUCCAGCUGUGCCUUGCUGACCCAGGAGGAGCAGACCCAGCUGGGAUCCCUGAAAGGGGACUUGGACAUGGACCUCCACUUGAACAGGGAGUUCUCCACUUCUGGGGAUCUGGAGGUCACACCUCCAGUCAGCCCCAAAAAGCGCAACCCUGAAGUGAUGGUACAUGGGCAACACGUUGACUGUCCCCAGGGGCUGGAGCAGGUCCUUGAUGAGUCCAACCAGAACGACCUGAGUUUGGAUGAAAGCUGCAUGGCCGCUUCCUUCCUGCAGCAUCUCUUUGAUGAAGGGACAAGCGAUUCCCUUUGCAAUGCUGUCAAUGUGGAGCAGUUGUUUGACAUCAACGAUAUAUCUGUACCAGCAGAUGGAAGCGACUGGAGCAGCCUUGCGUCCCUCUUGUGA